CAUGUUAGUGUAAGUUCACAUAUGCAUGUGUGUGUGUGUAGCUGACAGCCGCUCUCAGGUUCAUCGGGCUCGCAUCGAGGCGGCCGAGUGGAAGUAUAAGUUCGGUUAUGACAUCACGGCGGACAUGCUGUGCCGGCGUAUGGCGGACAUCUCUCAGGUUUACACGCAGAACGCAGAGAUGAGGCCGCUGGGCUGCUGCAUGAUGCUGAUCGCGAUGGACCCUCAGACGGGCCCCGUGUUGUACAAAUGCGACCCGGCUGGGUACUUCUGCGGCUUCAGGGCCACCAGUAUGGCUAUCUCGUGUUUGUCUUCUGUGCUUUCAAUGGACUUCAAAAGCACUGAGCUGGAAGUGUCUGUCGUGACCAAAGAACAGCCCAAAUUCAGGACUCUGUCAGAAGCAGAAAUCGAGCGUCAUCUGGUGGCGAUCGCAGAGAGGGAGUAACUGUCAGGUUUACCUUGUUUUUACCAUUUGCUCAUCAGUCCUCCGCUCAUCUUUGACUGUAUUUGGUGUGUGUUACUACUGAAUGACAAAUCCUCCCUCUUGUACUAAUUAUCAAAUAAAGCAUCAUUUUGUGAUUCUAAACAGCCUCAGAGAGUAAUAUUGACUCUGUCUGAUCCUGCACUAAUAUCAUGAUGUCAGAGCUGAGGUCUGCUGCUUCUCCAGCUGCUGGCGCCAGAGACUCACUCUCAGUGUACAGACCUCUCUCCUGCACUGUUUG